GCAGGCGGAGAGCAAGCACUGGCACACUCUUGACUCUCCGGCGCGGGGUAUCUGGCUACCUAUUCUCGAUGAGGAGAGUGUGCAAGAGGCUAGAGGGAGAGCGCGGUCCGGGCUCGUGGCGGUGAUCGCGAUUUUUAACACUUUUGGGCUACGUCGUCCCCCGUUUGUUCGCGCCGUUGUUUUUUUUUUUUUUUCGUUCAAAGGACCGAGCGAAUGAGAUAAAGAGAGUGAGCGGAAUAUUGUGCGACAGUGUGCGGCGAGCGAGUGCGAUAAGGCGGAAGAGUACAACACGGAUGGAUAGAUAAAGAGAAAGCGAGCGAGAAAAAGUAGCGGCCGGUUGCCCUCCUGGCUUGUGUGCGCCAUUUGUGACUGCCGGGUAAAUUGACCGAGUGAGGAAAAAUCAGUGUGUCCUCGAAUAAUCAACGCUUGACAAAACAACUGAAUAACGAAACACCCAACAGUCCAGGGUCAUCUUCUUGUCGGGUGUUCUCGUGUCCUUUAACGCUUUUUUUUUCUCGCCGCCUCGUAACGAACUGUCGCCGCGGCGACGAAACGCGCUCUCGGGCUUUUCGCCACGCGUGUUGAAUAUUUUUUCUCUCUUUUUGUGUUGAAAAAAAAAAAAAACGAAAAUAAAAGGCAUAACGUUCCCGUUCGGAGUGGACGAAUAACAUACGCGUUUCGUAUGUUUCUAUAUCUCUCUACGUGCAUAGAUAAAAAAAGAGCUCGCAGUGCGGACGGGCCCCGAUCGAACGUGUUGGUGCGAAGAAUAAAACAAAAAGGUCCGCGCUACUAUUUAUGUAGCUUGAAAAGAAGAGAAAACAAACGAAUCGAAGGAGGGACGAUCGUUGAAGAAAUAAGAAUCCGGAUUAUCGAGGAUUACCAGCAAACCAGGGGGCACUGCGGCCGGAGAGUGGGGCAGAACGAGGAUUACGAGAGAAUUAAAUUCGACAAGUUUACGUUAAUCGCGUGAAUUUUCGUAUUUCGCGAGAGCCGCGAAUUGCUUUCGUUGCCCGUGCGUUGUUGUUUGUUUGUUUUUUCCCUUUCAACUUUUUUUCGUGCCUCGUUCCUCGAUUCUUCUAUUCCAUCUUUUCAUUUUCCUUUCAAUAUUUUCAUCCGUAACAGUCGAAUCGAGCGAGAGAGCUAAAGUUUGGCGAGCGUGUUUUAUAUUUCGUUCGGAACUUGUCAACAAGCAGAAAAAAAACGCGAAAGGAUUCCACGUCGUCGGAGAUCGAAUCCAUCGAACGGGGAUAGAUCGCCGCCUCGUCCAUUCGUUUCCCAAGAGUUUCGAUAAAUCGGCUUCGCAUGCUUCGCAAAGUAUCGGAAAUAUCUGCAGAUCAUCCAAGGAGCAGCACGCGGAUAAAAUGCAGUAGCGACGCGACUCACGAAUAGCAGCUACCGGGGGACCUCCAAUCGUACGGAGGUCAAGGGAGUAGUGGUGCGAAGGAAGUAGUCCGAGCUGGUCAGCUUUGGAGCAGUACAGCCAAGUUGGCAUAGGCCAACUUAGGAGAAACGAGGCAGAAUGGCGACGAUAGAUGGGCGGCCCGCCCAAUAUGGCAUCACUCUCAAACAGCUUAGGGAGCUCAUGGAACAUCGAGGGCGCGAAGGUGUCAAUAAAAUUAAUGGCUACGGGGGAGUUCAGGAAAUUUGUAAAAAAUUGUAUACCUCGCCCAGCGAAGGCCUCAGCGGAUCGACGGCGGAUAUACAACACAGGCGAGACACAUUCGGUUCAAACAUGAUACCUCCGAAACCACCAAAAACAUUUUUACAAUUAGUGUGGGAAGCGUUGCAAGAUGUUACUUUAAUCAUUCUCGAAAUAGCCGCAUUGGUUUCGUUAGGUCUUAGCUUCUAUCAACCAAAGGAUGACGAUGACGACGAAAUUGUCGUCGGUCAUCUGGACGAGGACGAGGGUAAAUACGGUUGGAUCGAGGGCCUCGCGAUCCUUAUAUCUGUAAUAGUAGUGGUCAUAGUUACGGCAUUCAACGACUACUCCAAAGAACGACAAUUUCGAGGUCUUCAAAAUCGAAUAGAAGGAGAACACAAGUUUUCCGUAAUUCGGCAAGGAGAAGUUAAACAAAUCUCUGUGUCGGACAUCGUCGUGGGCGAUAUAUGUCAGAUAAAAUACGGUGAUUUGUUACCCGCCGAUGGUAUUCUUAUACAGAGCAACGACCUCAAAGUGGAUGAAUCCAGUUUGACGGGAGAAUCGGACCACGUUAAGAAGGGUGAAGCGUUUGAUCCUAUGGUGCUAUCGGGUACACACGUGAUGGAAGGCUCGGGUAAGAUGUUGGUCGCUGCGGUUGGCGUCAACUCGCAGGCCGGCAUCAUCUUUACUCUCUUGGGUGCAGCGGUCGACCAGCAAGAGCAAGAAAUCAAGAAAAUGAAGAAGGAGGCUAAAAAGCAGCGGAAGAAGAAGUCUCUAUCAGGCGACGAGGUUGGAGAAAUAACUGGCAACAGUCACACGAGUGGAGGAGCUAAACACGAAGGUGGAGAAAAUCAUCACGCCCCAGCAGCAUCCAGUGGCGGUGGAGGCCACGAAUCGAAAAAAGAAAAGAGCGUGUUGCAGGCCAAGUUGACGAAACUCGCGAUACAAAUUGGCUACGCUGGCUCGACGAUCGCCGUUCUUACAGUCGUUAUACUAGUCAUACAAUUCUGCAUAACGAAUUUCGUUAUACACCAAAGAGCAUGGAAAAGCAAGUAUGCCGGAAAUCUCGUACGCCAUCUGAUUAUCGGUGUGACCGUACUCGUCGUUGCCGUACCGGAAGGUCUUCCUCUAGCUGUCACACUCUCCCUCGCCUAUUCCGUCAAGAAAAUGAUGAAGGACAACAAUUUGGUGCGUCAUUUGGACGCUUGCGAGACGAUGGGUAACGCAACGGCCAUAUGCUCGGACAAAACCGGCACCCUGACGACCAAUCGGAUGACAGUCGUACAAUCGUAUCUGUGCGAAAAAUUGAGUAAAACGAUACCGUCGUUCGCGGAAAUACCUAAUCACGUUGGUAACCUGUUGAUUCAAUCGAUAUCGAUUAACUCGGCGUACACGUCCAGAAUAAUGCCCGGGCAAGAUCCUACCGAUUUGCCGAUGCAAGUCGGUAACAAAACCGAAUGUGCCUUACUUGGAUUCGUAAUUGCCCUGGGCAAAAAUUAUCAAACAUUGAGGGAUGACCAACCGGAGGAAACAUUUACGCGGGUAUACACGUUCAACAGCGUUAGAAAGAGUAUGUCGACGGUGAUACCGCGACAGGGAGGUGGUUACAGACUCUUCACCAAGGGCGCUUCCGAGAUCAUCAUGAAGAAAUGUGCCUUUAUUUAUGGUCGCGACGGAAAUUUGGAAAAAUUCACGCGAGACAUGCAAGAUCGUCUCGUUAAGAACGUGAUCGAGCCGAUGGCGUGUAACGGAUUACGUACAAUAUCAAUCGCGUAUCGUGACUUUGUACCUGGUAAAGCGGAGAUAAAUCAGGUUCACAGCGAGAACGAGCCAAACUGGGAGGACGAGGAUAAUAUCGUUUGUAAUUUGACUUGUUUGGGAAUAGUGGGUAUCGAGGAUCCGGUCAGACCCGAGGUACCGGAUGCCAUAAGGAAAUGUCAAAAAGCCGGCAUUACCGUCCGAAUGGUUACGGGAGAUAACGUCAAUACGGCGCGUUCGAUUGCCCAAAAAUGUGGUAUAUUCAAGCCGAACGAAGACUGGCUCAUACUGGAGGGUAAAGAAUUUAACAGGAGAAUAAGGGAUAGCAAUGGCGAGGUGCAGCAACAUUUGCUCGACAAAGUAUGGCCAAAAUUGAGGGUACUCGCGAGAUCAUCGCCAACUGACAAAUACACUCUGGUUAAGGGAAUGAUCGACAGUAAAGUAUCGGCAUCCAGGGAAGUCGUCGCCGUAACCGGUGACGGUACAAACGACGGUCCGGCGUUGAAGAAAGCCGACGUUGGUUUUGCCAUGGGUAUCGCCGGUACGGACGUUGCCAAGGAAGCAUCCGACAUUAUACUCACCGAUGACAAUUUUUCCUCGAUAGUCAAAGCCGUUAUGUGGGGUCGUAACGUUUACGAUAGCAUAGCCAAAUUCUUGCAAUUUCAACUUACCGUCAACGUUGUUGCCGUCAUCGUUGCGUUCAUCGGCGCUUGCGCCGUACAAGAUUCACCACUCAAAGCCGUACAAAUGUUGUGGGUUAAUUUAAUUAUGGACACUCUAGCCUCACUCGCACUCGCCACCGAAUUACCGACCCCCGAUCUUCUACUUCGCAAACCUUAUGGACGCACGAAACCGCUUAUAUCACGAACCAUGAUGAAGAACAUACUUGGUCAGGCCGUUUAUCAGUUGGUCGUUAUUUUUACGCUUCUAUUCAAAGGCCACGAUAUGCUCAACAUCGAUACGGGACUCGGAGUUGCGGAGCAGGGUGGCGGCGCGACCCAGCACUUUACAAUCAUAUUCAACACAUUCGUCAUGAUGACCGUGUUCAACGAAUUUAAUGCAAGAAAAAUUCAUGGUCAGCGCAAUGUCUUCCAGGGAAUCUUCACGAAUCCCAUAUUUUAUUCGAUUUGGAUCGGAACCUGCUUGUCUCAAGUAUUCAUCAUUCAGUACGGUAAAAUGGCGUUCAGCACAAAAGCUCUGGAUCUUGAUCAGUGGAUGUGGUGUCUCUUCUUCGGGAUUGGUACGCUACUGUGGGGCCAAGUAGUCACGUGUAUUCCGACCCGCAAGAUACCCAAGAUCCUUUCAUGGGGCCGCGGCCAGCCGGAUGAUAUCGGUGCUAUCAAUCUAGGAGACGAGAAUUACGAUCCAGACUCGGAUAAAAAGCCGCGGGCAGGACAAAUUCUGUGGAUUCGUGGUCUUACGCGGCUACAGACUCAGCAUCGGUUUUGUUACAGGAGAGAAAAAAAGGUCGGACGGAGGGAGGGAGAGAGACGUACGAUUUAGAACUAGAAAAAUAAGGAGCAACUGAAAAGUAAAUGAAAAAAUAAUAAUAAAAAACUAAGAAUAUAUAAUUCACCACUAUGUGUCUUGUGGCUCGGUGAUCGAACUAGUGAAUUAUCACAAUAGCAGAUGACAAGAUUAUAACAUAGGUAUUUAUAUAGUCUGAACAAAUAAAGUAAUGAAAAAAUGAAACUGCGAAUAUUCGUGAUGUUCGAACGAUAGAUUUUAUCACUCGCUAAUGUAACUGAUCAACUUGGAAGUAUUCGUUGAGGAUUAAUAUUUGAAUAUAUAUAUAUAUAUAUAUAUAUAUAUAAUAUAAUUACAAUACCAGCUGCUGCGAAUGAACUAAUAAUGUUACUACUACCACUACUACUAUUACUACUACGACUACUCAACUGUUAUUCUUACUAUUUCACUAUUAAUCGCUUUAUGCGUUAAGUAUUGUUAAUAUAACUGCAAUUCUUAAAAUAAUCUAAUUCAUGAAUUUAAUGGAGCGUAAAGCAUCGCAUCGUUGCUUUAUUGAAAUGUCAGCGCGCCGUUGCCAUCUCCAUUCUCGAAUACGCACCUAAUAAAUAAAAAAAAGUCCUAUAUACAGAUACCGCCGAUGGGUAUCGAGCGAGUUUUGUUCUCGGUUGUAAGAGAAAUCAGUCGAAUCGACGCGAACGAAUGCCGAUCUCGGAAGUAAAUUCUCUUUCGAUCGGAAGAGCGAAAAUAUUCGUAAAUAUAUGAUGAUAAUUGAAAAAAAUUGUCUUGGCCGAAAGAGGAAAUAAAUAAGGAUGGCGAUACGGAUACGGUUGCACGAGCAUUUACGAUAGUCCUCGAUAAUACGAGCGCGCAUUCUAGAUCGGCACUCCCCGGAUGUUUUAUCGAAGGAAGAGCAACAAGGAAAGUCGUGCACGACGAGCAGACGCGCUUCGUCAAACACUCGUCUCGCUACGGUUGGGACCAAACGUCGAUCGUUGUUUUCGCCUGCCUUUGUGUACAAGCCUUUCUACGAGUCGACUUGAGAUUAUAAGCGGAACGAUGGCGGCGAGCAUCGUUUCGAUCGGCGAGGUGUAAAAAGAUAAAAAACGUUAACUAAACGAAACGACGAAAGCCGGAAUCGUUCGAACGAGCUUGCGUCUCAACGAUGAGGAAGAGCGUCCUGUCUCGCGUAUCUUGCCAAAAUAAAAACAAGUUUUCAAGACAUCGAUCCACCGGCACGCGUCCUACCGACGACCCCAUAUUUUUGUCUCCUUUUCUCUCGAACGAGUUAUCGAAACCCAAGUUCUUGAGGGGGCAUGUAUAAAAAAAAACAAUAGAAAAACGUCAGAGCCCGGAUGCGCGAUUGCUCAUGAAUCGGAUAAAAUUCCACGCAACAAAUCUCGUACAAAUGUUCCAUAUUUCAAAUUCAAAUUCAACCCUUUUUCAAUGUCACUGUAUUUUUAUUUCUCCGCAAUUCCGAAAGUCUCAAUCCGAGAUAAUCAUUCGAGAGGCCAUUUAAUUGAUGCGAAAAUACACGAACCUCUGUGCGCGUGAGCUUGAAAAUAUAUUCCAAAGACGCGAAGCAACGGAGCCAGCACGCGCUUCGACGCCGUCGAAUAUUCCUCUAUAUAUCUGUCCGAUUUACGCUCGAGUCUUUUUGCAUCUUCUAGACAGUCGAGUACAGCGAGUAUAUACUCGAAAGAACGCUAUCAAUACAAAUAACAUUCAUUAUUAAAUAUUCACUGUAUUAUCCACUAUCGAACUCACUAAACGGAUAGAGUUUAAUUCGAUAAUAAUAAUAAUGAUAAUAAUAAGGCAUGAGUAUUAAUGUUACACACACACACGAGCAUAUUGUACAUACAUACACGAAACGUUAUUGUACAAGCGACUUGUCACGCGGUUGCGUUUGAUGGGCCGGAAAAUGAGAGUUUCGCAUAAAUAAUAUACGCAUAAAACACAUUUACAUUUGUAAAUAUACAAUUCUCUACAGACACACACACAUACACACACUCGCAGGCGCGCUACUGAACGGAACGCAUGGUACGUGUUCGUUAAAUAUAUACAUUUUCAAUUCUACGGGCGCUCUGAUGUUUUGAUUUUUUUCGUGGAUCUAAAAUAUGAGAGCGCCAUCGGUUGUCCGUAAGUGGACGCAACGGCAACAAAAUAACCGAACGGAAUUUCGAAAGCUUUCGAACGGUGCGGCGAAGCGCGGUUCCGGUAUGCUCGUGGCACCUUCGUGCCGAUUGCUUUGUUCUCUCUUGAAAGAUUAAAAAAUUGUGAAGAAAAUGCGUACGUUGCACGAUUUCAUCGUUUGAUCUUUAUUAAAUCAUUAAAAUCGAGCUAAAUUCUCGUCGUUCCGGUUUGUGAAAUUGAGAGAAAAACAUGAAUGCAAAAUUCAACGUUUUUUUUCUCGUUAUUUAUUUUUAUUAUUCUGGAAAAUGAAAAGUUGUCUUUGAGGUGCGUCGAUGUGCGCAUGUUUUCGAGCGUCGAUCAAUACACGAGGGCUUUUCAUUUCUCGGUAAAUCAAUCUAACUCGUUGUCAUUUUAAAAUAGGUAUCAUAUUAUCACUAUGAUUUAACUCGAUUGAAAGGAGAAUAAGUCAGUCUCCGUAUCUACCUCGUUGAAAGUUAAGUCCUUAUUGGUUAACGUUUUUUUCUUUAACUGUUCAAUUGUUCCCCGUUGAGAGUUUUAUGAAUGAAAAGAAAAUAUGUUGACUAUGUAUUAUUGUUAUAUCACAGCAGGGAUAUGAGAAUUUAAUGUUGAUCGGUAUAUUGAUCCUAUUGUUCGGGCCUCGCGCGGAUCGAAACGAGUCAGGAAAAUGCGUUUGUCUUGGCGUCGAGUCCCAAUGCUGUUUGUUGUCGUUUAAGCGAAUGACCUUCCACACUUUUGUUCCGGCUCAACUUUACUUUUUCUCUCCCUCUCUCUCUCUCUCUCUAUUGCUCUCUCGUUAAACUCUUUAUGAAAAAAAGAAACGUGGCGCGUGUGCGGUGUCCGAGAUUCGUGUUCUUAUUGUCUCGAACGAGCAAAACCUCGUGAAGAGUAAAUCCAAUGUCGGUCCGUGGACGCAAUUUGUUCUCUACUUUUAAAUAAUACUUAGCAAUGAAUGAAAAAAAAAACGACGUCAAAAUCAAUAUUAUCCUCGAGGACUCCUCGCCUCUGCCACGCCUCAUGCGGAGUGAGCAAGCGGCGAAUGAAUAAUAAGAGAGCAGCAGCGGGAUCACGAUGCGUCUUUCACCGGGCCGCUCGCGGACCGAAAGAACGAAAACACGAGGAAAUAAAUAGCUGCGCGAAACGAGAAGGGUUUACACGUGUGCGAGAGUGCGGGUAGUGAUUAACUCGGUUAUACAGAGAAAAAAUCAUAUUUUUCUGUCGUUACUGUUAUCAUCUAGUGCAUCAUAGUCAUUUGAACCAAAUAUUGAAAUAAAUAAAUGAAGUGAAAAGAAAAUGAAAGCAGGGGAAGAAGAAAGCGAAAAAUUGUAGAGGAUUGAGGCUAUUGCUGUGAAUGGUCAACAACGAUGGAAUGACGAAUAAUAAAAUAUUGAAGAGAGCCGGCGGAGGAGCCAGCGGUUUGAACGAACGCUUAUUACAAUGAUCGUUGAGACAAAGUUUGAUAAUGCUUACGUAUAAUCGAUAUAUGCAAUGUAUACCGCGUGAUAUAGGAGUGAGCUUAUUGUGUUAACCGAGGGAGAAGGAAAAAUGUUGGGCGAAGUAAAAAUCAUGUAAAUUCAUUAUCUUCUGGACGGUCAACCGCCAUUUUUAACCGAUCGUUUUUCUCCAUUAUUUCUUCAUUCUCAAGCAUUUUUCAUUCGUAACGCGGUCUCUCAUCAAUUUACUCCGACAGCUAUGAAAUUCGUCAUCAUGACUUUCCGUACUUUCUGCUCUUUGACCAAAACCUUUUUCAACGUUCGCGAGUGAUUUUUGUGUUCCGAGUCAUAAAUGCUGAAUCCAUGCCAAUAAGCACAACUUUCACGAUGAUAUGCGCCCAAUCAUCGGUCUUAUCUUUUACGGGAUUUUUUUUCGAACGCACCAAAACUUUAUUUUUGUUUACCAUCGCUCUAAUUUUGCGACGCUACAUAACCUAACACCCCGGACCUUUGCCGCUGCUCGCGUCUUCAUCGGACGAUAAUUAUUUCGAAAAACCGAGGUUAUUAUUCCAGCACACGUUUUACCCGAACAAAUCCUUUUUCAAUAUUCAUGUUAUCAUCGCUUUUUCAAUCGUUCUCAAUUCGUUAUGUUUAUAUAGUUAUAACGAGUGCUCGUUAAUAUUCAUUUGUUUAUUUAUACAUAAAUAUAUAUAAUACGUUUAAUAGAAUCGUUGUGGAAAAGUUGCUUCGUAGGGUAAAAACACGACAACAAUUUUCGAAUGCGCAGAAGUUUCCAAAGAAAAAAAACGAAUUAAUGUUAUGGAUGAGCGAGCGUGCGGCGCAAUUGUACUCGCUAAAUUCGUCGAUUGAAAAUUUUCUUUUCGUUAUUUCGCACUCGAGACAAAUGAUUCGUGUGACUCUAUCGGAGGAAAAAUAAUAAGCGUUCCAACGCGAGUACAGACAAAUAUUGCUAAAUAAUACCUUCGAAUAUGCUGCUGUUGUGUAAGGAAGCAAAACAAUGAUGCCUCACAUUCGAGAUGCACGAGCGAAUGCGAUUUUACAUGUUUGUAAUAAGCUCUUUUGCGUUACACUAUUCUCACGUAGAGGCGGACGAACGAACGGACGGACGGACGGACGGACGAAAACCUACACUGACAAAAAGUUAAAGCGAAUCUGAAAAUGGCUUCGGAGUAAAAAUCUCAAGAUGAUGAUUGCGUAUGACGAGAAGAUGGAAAUGAA